AUGUGGUUGUUGCAGCACACCCCCCAGGCACAGUGGUUGCCCACUCAGUGGGAAGAGGGAGCGGGCGUCCCUGCCAUGCCCCUGCACACCCCUGAAGGGGAUGCGGGUGGAGCAGGGGCGGUGCUGGUGGAGACGCCCGUGAAUGGAGAGGCUCAACAAGACGCGGCCGCAGGCGUGCAAGUGGUGGUGGACGAGGAGUGGAUCAAGAAGAACAUCCUGUGCACGUGCAAGUGUCGCCCUCCACCCGCCACGAGGAGCGAGGAGGAGCUGGUGGAGGAGGAGGAGCAGAAGAAACCCGAGGAGCAGGAUGCCGAGACGGAAGAACAUAGCAGAGAUGAUGAGAGUGAACAGGCAGAAAGACACGGAGAAAGAGACAGUGACGAAGAACAGGAGGAGGAGGAAAUAAGAGAAGGAAAAGAGGAGGAGGAGGAGGAGGAGGAGGAGGAGGAGGAGGAGGAGGAGAGGCUUUGCUACUGCUCCUGCCACGAGGGGACAGAGGGGGCUCCGCUCCCUCACCUGCCCACGGAGAUUCAGGAGCUUCUGGACGCUGAUCACGCCAGGAUGUGGUGGACCAUCACGGGGAACUUCGGCAAUAUACUUCCCAUUGACUGGAGCAAGACCUACACGCGCCAGCAGUACCUACCUGUCCUCAACCUUAAUGAGAUGAAGGAGGGGAGCGGCGGGGGGGCGGAGGAGGGCGAGGGAGGGACGGAGAGGAGCGCUGGAGAUGACGGGGCCGGGGAGGAGGAGGAGGAGGAAGUGGCGCAAGAUCUGGACCUCCACCACCUUAUCCUCAACGGGCUUACUGCCGAGCCCGUUAAGAGUGCGGAAGAGGUCAUACAAGAGAUUGAUGACAUUAUGCAGGAGGGAAGCAGCUCAGAGGACGAGUGUGUGGAGAGUUCUUCGUCAGGGGAGAACAUGCAGGACAUCCCCACGCGGCCCUGCCCUCCCCACCUCUACCAUGACAAAUUGAAAAGUAUGAGUGUGCCAGAAUUGAAUGAGGCCCUGAUGGAACUGGAGCUUGUCAUCCGCCGGUAUUCAGAGACGCUCAUCACGCAGCUUGCCCUCCGUGACGAGCUGGAAUACGAGAAGGAACUCAAAAACUCCUUCAUCUCCCUCCUUCUUCAGGUCCAGAACAAGAGGAGGAACUUUAACAUCGAGAAGAAGAAACAGAAGAAAGUCGGACCCAAUGGCACUGACCCUAAGUAUUUAACAACAGUGAUCCCCUAUGAUGUUGGACACGGGCCCCCACAGAACCCCACCCUGCAGAUCCUCAUCAAAAUCCUGACGGCGAUCAACGAGGACAGUCCCACAGUGCCCACGCUGCUCACGGACUACAUCUUAAAAGUGUUGUGCCCGUCAUGAGUGAGUGCUGGUCCCGGCCUGCCAGCGCUCCCCACCCCCGGAGCCGCACCCCCUGCACCCUCUCCCCCCAAACACAGGAGUCCUGCCCGGCCUGAGUCACAAGUCAGCUGCACCUAACCUGUGUGGCGGCUACACCCAGCGCCGCCACACACCCGGGCCUCCCAGCACCAUUGGAUCAUUGGACCAACACAUUUGUCACAAAGGUUUCAUUAGGAAUUACUGAACAGCUAGUCAUGUGUGCCAAUGGCAUGUUUUAAGACAGUAACAAGUAAUCACCAGAUUUUAGCCACUAGGAAAUGCAUUUGAGUAAAACAGGGAAAGCUUGUAAGGAAGAAUGACUCACCUAGUCAGAGCUCAAAGCGGUGUACUGGCAGGAUCUGUGUAUAAUGAAUGAACACUCCUCCUCCUCCUCCUUUCCUUCUUAUGACAGUUUUUUUUAAGUGUUUAUGGUGAAAUAGAUCACAAGCCAUUUGCCAUUCUGCUGCAGGCCACAUCAUAUGCAUUAUUGCUGGGAACUGUGACGUUAAUUGUAAUCUUAAGUGACAAGUAGCACCUCAAGCAGCUUUGUAUCAGAAUACCAAAGAGUCUCCUUACCAGCCUCACGUCCUGAGUGUCGUCUGGCCAGCCACACUGAGGCGGCGGACAGCCCGGGCGGUGGCGGUAGCUGUGCAGGAUGUAACCAAGAAGCAGUGUGUAGGAGUCUUUGCAACUUAAUAAUUCUCUGUCUGUCACAAAUUACCCUCCAGACUUAACCUGUGUAUAUACCAUGAAGGAAGAUAUCUAUACGCCAAGCUUUGAGUGCAGACGACUUGCCAAUGGUUGUAUCUCGCUAAUUCUUAAAGCCCAAGUGCAAUUGCCGUAUUUUGUGCGAGUGUGAGCGUGCGUGUGUGUGUGAGUGUGUGUGAGGCAGUGCAAGCAUAUGGCUUUACCUUCUGCAUGAGUAAGAUAAUGAAUAGAUGGAUAAUUUUGCUGCCAUCACACACAGGCUUUGACGUUUUGCCGGCCUUCUUGUUCUUGUCAUUCCUGCAGUUCACUGUCCACCUCAACUGGCCUGAUUGCUGCCAGGUGGGGAGAAGUGAGUCAUGGAAGUAAUCUUUGACAUCUCCCUUGGAUAAGAAUUAUCAUUGAAAUGAAAAACACAACUUGCAGAGUGAAUAAAAAUCAAUAUUGAAAUUAAUAACAAAAAUAUGACUUACAGAGUGAAUAAAAAUUAACCUCAAAAUAAAAAAAAAUCACAUCAUAACUUCCAGAGCAAAUAUUCAUUGAGAGACAAAACAGAAUGAAACCUAUAACUUCUAGAUCAUUAUAAACCUCAUCCACUUCCAUCCACAUAACACCAGACCCCAACUAGCCUUGCAUUACAGUGCUAACUACUUUAAACUCCCCGAAGACUACGAUAAACACACCUCACACACCUCUUGAUAACAGUCUCUCCUCACAAUGCACAGUGUCUAAUGUCCCACACAAGGAAGGCAAAACACAUUAGAAAGCUUAAGUGUGAUGGCGAAUGAUCACCUUAUCACCUUAUUUUCUCCUCCUCUCUACAGGGAACAGCAGUCAUGGGUAUUAGUUAAGUAACACACACACAUACACACACUCACUUCCUUUGCAUUUGAGUGUUUUCUGCAGUCUUAAGUUCUUUGAUAAGCGAGAAAAUCAAAUGUUGUGCUUUUCUAUAUUGUCAGAAGACGAGGGGAUUUAUCAUUGAAAGAAAACAUGAAUGGAAGUUUUUAAGUGUUUUUUUGUCAGUCUUAUGUCCUCGAAUCCUCUGAGAAAACCUAUUGUCAAGAUUUACUGGAUGAUUGGCAGAUGAAAGGACUGAAGACUGGGGGAAAACAGGCAUGGAAGUUCGGUGUUUUCCUCAAUCUCGACCCUCGGAUCAAUGGAAGAAAUGAAAUGUUGAGAUUUACUACAUCAGCGAAUCAAAGAACUUAUGACAAAGAAAAAAAAAAAAAGUAGGAAUUUUCAAAUGUUUUUUCCCUCAGUUUUAUGUCCUGGAUCUGUUGAGAAUAUCAGUUAUUAAGACUUAAUACUGUGAAAAAAUCAGAAUUGUGGCUGAAAGAAAACAGGAAUGGGUGUUUUUAAAUGUUUUCCUCAAUAUUAAGAUACUCAUAUCAUCUACCUACUUAUUGUCAAAUCUAGUAUACUGUCAGCAGAUCAAGGGAGUUAUGACUGAGAGAGAGCAGAAGUUAAGUAUUUUCUCAAUCAUAUCCCCUUAUCGGCUGAGAAUCUACUCAUUGUCAGGUCAGAGGACUUCAUUGAGGGAAAACAUGAGGAAGUGAGUGUGGGAGCUUACUUGACUUGUCCCCCUGGCAGCACCGUGAAUUGAAAAGGCCGAGAAGUUUACAUUCAGAGCGCAUCUAGUAGUGUUCGUUCGUAGCGUCGAUUUACUUUGUAGGUGGCAACAUAUCUAUCUACCACAUUUCACCAGCAUCACUUACCAUGUCCAGCAGCAGCAGCGUCUUCUCUCGUACUGCGGAAACUGACCAGGAAUCCCCACAGCCGGUAACACGAGUCUCAGUCACAUCAACGAGGAAAAAGGAAAUAAUAAAAGUGCCAGCCAUAACACAAUCCUCUUUUAUGGUAGACUAGACACAAGACAUAUACAUUAAUCUCUCUAAUAAUAUUUAAAGCUUUCUUCAGCGUAUUUCUUUGAUGUAGAUGUGAUUUGUCACUGCCAUAAGUAUAUACUAUAAUAUAUGAUAUAUAAUAUAAUAAUCUCUCCCUCCAACCCUUGUGGGACUGGCAGGCAAAGACUGGUGGGGCCGACCGACCUUGGCACAGACUUGCUUCACCAACACACAUCAGUUAUGUCAUAAAUCUCUAUAUUUGUAAGGAAUUCUGGGCAGUUUUGAACAAGUAGUCGUGUACAUAAUCUCUUGGUGUGUCCUGUAAGAAUCUGUGUGUGUGUGUGUGUGUGUGUGUGUGUGUGUGUGUGUGUGUGUGUGUGUGUGUUAGAGUGUGUGAGUGUGAGUGUGUGUGUGUUUGUUUGUUUGUUUGUGUAUGUCUGCCUGCACUCAGUAAGUGUGCAGUGCCCUAGCCUGUUUGAUUCACCUUCUCUUAUGUUAAAUAAAUAUAUUUAUUUUUGAGAACCUUUUUUUAUUGAUUUUAGUAGCGAUGUCUGUAGCGUGCGUGGUGACUGUACUCUGUUCCAAUCACACAUGUGUGUAAGACUUUUAGCUUCCCAGAGAUGUGUUGACAUUACAACUGUGAUGUUUAGUUCAGCAUUGUAUGGUAUCCUGAGUCCUGACCGUGUUAUUUUAAUGUAAAGAAGUAUUUAUGAAAUACAUUAUCCGUUCUUGUGUC